AUAGAAUACAAGAUAUGAUCUGUAUACAAAAUAUACUUAAAAAAAUUGAUUGUGACGAAGCCUUUCAUUCUCAUAAAUUCGUCUAUGCCGCCAAUCGUCGUCACCAAGAUCAUAAUCAUGACCACGGCGUUUCAGCUUUGGAAUCUGGAUCACGUUUUACAGCUGCAGCGUCAACGAUGAAAGUGAUUGUUACGAGAGCAAUGAGCAAAAGAACAAAGGC